AUGACGCGGGCGAACUUAGCAGGACGGCUCCUUCGCUGGUCCUUGACCUUGCAGGAAUAUGACUUCGGAAUUGAAUAUCGCCCUGGAUCAACGAAUGUGGUGGCAGACGCCUUAUCACGGGCUCCGGAAGCUGUAAGGGCAGAGGUACGCCCGAGAGAAGGUCGAGCGAUACCCAGAGCGAACAACGGCGGCGCGAGGACGAACGGUGCAAUGCGAAUACGGGUGGCGGAAGCGAACCCGGCUAGUACGACAACGAAUACGGGUACUGUCGCGAUGAUGGAAGCUGGACCAGCGACAGCAGUAGCAUUGGGCGAGGCAGCAACGACAACACCGGCAUUGUCAACUGCGGUACCGGCACCUGACCCAACGACGGAGACAAACGACUGGACGAUGGUGGCGGGAGUGACGGACAGUACGGCAACGGGUGUGAACGCGCAGGAUGACGCUGAUCCGGAGACGGCCACACCGGCGGCAUCGAGAAUGGCGGCGACGGAGAACCGGGUUACGACUGGUGCAACGGGCGACACGGCAGUUGAGACGGUAAUGGCGACUGACCAGACGCCAAUGCGACGAGAGAGACGCACCAAGAAAACGGCGGGAUCAGCCACACGGCGCAGUGCCCGACUUCGUGAGCAAGGGCAGAAGCGGGUACGGUUCAUGGACGAGCAAGAACCUACCGUGGUGGUGGCCUCGACGACGAGCGGCGAUGCGCCAGUGGUUGACGACUUGGUAGUUCCGGCAACGACGGGGCGCACCAGCGGAGAGCAAACGACACCCGGAAUGGCGACAGUGGCGGCGCGGAGCAAUGGAGCAGCAACUGUGACAGUAGGCCCUGCAACGGCACUACCAACCAGUAGUACGACGGCACUCCGAGCGACGACAGCGACACCUGCGAAUGGUGCCUAG